AGCAGGCAUAACAGUUGAAGAUAUCGAAUCUUUACGUUAUCGAUAGCUUAUUGGAUUUAUUUACCUUUUGUUGAAGCAUGGCGAGUUUUUGUUUUUGGAACGAAUUUGAAUUAAAAAAGCCACCAUUGGUAACUUUACAUGUAAAUGAUACUGGAUUUGCAAAGAAUGUCUUUGUGGUCAUUAACCGAUACUUGAACCAGUUAUCCGGCCCAGACUACUUGGAGUUCAAUCAGACAGCCGCUUUGAUAGGACGUCUUAUGGCACGUCGAAAGAACUCUUUUCGCGGCAUGCCAGGAUUUCGUGCUGUAUGCAAGCUAAAUGCGGCCCUCUGCCGGCUACUGCGUCUGGAUCUGCCGCGUGAAUUGGAACAUUUUCGCGGCGCCUUGCCCGAUGCGUGCGAUGAGGAGCUGUCUGGCGAAAUGCCCACACAAAACAGUCUUGAAUUCAUCCUGGUGCGUUUGAUAGCUUUCCAUCGUUUGCAUGAACGGAUUCGCGAGUGCUGCGAGGCGACCGUCAAAUACUUUGGACAAAUGAUACGCAGCAAUUUCUUCAUGGAGUUCCUGACACUGCUCAUAGCAGCCGUAGCCAAAAUAAACAAGCUAAGCCUACAGCAGGCCAACAAUUGUGCCACGCUGUACAACAAGCUACAACCUCAGCUCACCAACUUUCCGCUAGUGGAAAAGCAUAAAUUUAUACCCGAGAACUGUAAUCUUCCAACGCAGCUGCGUCUGAUAAAAGAAAGCCAGCCGGUAGUGCCAGCCGAAGAGGCGAUUUCUGCAAGCAUCACACUUCAGACACAACUCCCGCCAUUGGUUACGAAAGUAGAAAAGGCAAAAAAAUUGGCCAAAGCGGAUGUGGGCACUGUAGUUGCUCGUAAAUCUCCAAUAGCUGCACCGACGCAGACAAUCUUCCACCUAGACUCGCUGGCCACCGUGGAGGAUGUCAAGCAUUUUAUUGUGCGCGAGUCAAAGGCGCGAAAAAAGACGCCGGACAGCUGUUUGACGAAAGCAAUACAAAAUCACGAGUGGCUGGCGGCAACAACGCUUUUUCAGCGCAAAUUGCAAGCCCGGGAGCAAACAAAAGCAUUGAACAUGUUUCGCAAAUAUAUUGAUAGCAAAAUAUAACAAGAGAAAUUACAUGUAUGUAGAUGCUGACUUACAGAUCCGACACCAUUCCUUCGGCGAGCUGCAUACGCUUUAGUCCCACGAUGUGCCGCUGCGAGUGCGCGUUACUUUUCUGCAAAGGCAAAGAAUUGAUCACUAAACUAGCUGUGAUUCUGAUAGAACAAGUAAUGAGUACCUUGGCAAA